GAGAGCGGGAAUUGCCGGGGUGGCAGUGCCAGGAUGGCCACAGCGGGGCCAGAGCCGGUAGCCACCGGCACCGAGCCCCAGCGGGAAGGGACCAGCCCAGAGCUCCCAGCGGAGAAGCUCCUUUCUUUCCCUGCAGCCAUGGCACAGCACAGGCCAGGCCCACACCGGAUCCACAGGGAACACCCCAUGGGAAAGCAGCGCCAAGGCCGCGGAGCCGGCGGACGCCAGCGACGUCAUCCGCGGGCUGAUCCGGGAGCUCUCAGACCUCAACCGCCUGGCCAUGGGAGCCCGCCGGGGGCUGGAGCUGCUGAGGAGGCCGAAGGCACGGCGUGGCCGCAGGGCGGCGCCCGCUGGAAGCCGCUGGAAAGAGGGGUAGGGACGCCAGGAGCAAUUAAUAAUAAUUAUCAUUUAUUGAUGGGAACAGCGGGAAUAAACCAAGCUUCGUCUGGAGAAUGGUUCCAGCACUCACUACCGGGGUCUUCACGCCGUCGUGGGUGA